ACAAAUUUCUUCUACAGUAUUCAAAUACAAGACCAUAAUUUGAAUUUUGAUUAUUCUAACAAAAUCCAUUCAACCCGUGUUUAUUCUAACAAAAGCCAUUCUAACGGAAAAGUAUAACACGGAGCGAUCGGUGAUGGAACCCUUAACCCCUAAGAGUUCCCAUUCCAAUUCACGCGUCUACGCUUUCAUUUUAAUUCUCACCUACUCUCCUUCUUAAACACACACAGCAGGAGCGCACUUGGUAAGAAAGAAUCUUUGCAGGCUAAGAAAUUGAAUAUCCUUUUGAAACUACUGUUUGCUUCGGAUAUCUGCAUUUGAAUCCUCGUUGAAUUCUUGCCUAGAUUUUGUGAGUAGAUUGGUCACUGGAACACGAAUCAUGGCCAUGGAGCUAAAACAAUCGGUUCAGAACUUUUUCAAUAAAAGUGAAGAAGCUGCUGUUGAUGAUUCAGAAGCUGCAGAUAUUUUGAAGGAGUACUACAUUCCUGAUUACAUACUUCUACCUGAGUCAGAAAUUAGAGCCGGAUACCAUGUUCCUGCAUGUCCAGUGAUUGUAUUUGUCAAUUCCAAAAGUGGUGGGCAGCUGGGUGGUGAACUUCUAAUAACGUAUCGUACACUUCUUAACAAUAAUCAGGUGUUUAAUUUGGCAGAACACAUGCCCGACAAGGUGCUACACCGAGUGUAUUUAAAUUUGGAGAAGCACAAACAAAACAGAGAUGAGUUAUCUGCUGAAAUUAUGAGGAAAUUGAGAAUCAUUGUUGCUGGUGGGGAUGGAACAGCUGGUUGGCUCCUCGGAGUGGUUUCUGAUCUUAAAUUGUCCCAGCCACCACCAAUUGCAACAAUGCCACUGGGAACUGGAAACAAUCUCCCGUUUGCAUUUGGUUGGGGGAAGAAAAAUCCUGGUAUAGAUUACCAAUCUGUAAAGGCAUUCUUGGACCAAGUAAAGAAUGCAAAAGAGAUGAAAGUGGACAGUUGGCAUAUUCUUAUGCGGAUGAGGGCUCCCAAAGAAGGUUCUUGUGAUCCUAUUGCACCUCUUGAGCUACCUCACUCACUGCAUGUAUUUCAGCGCGUCUCCCAGACAGAUUCACUGAAUGAGGAAGGUUGCCACACAUUUCGUGGGGGAUUUUGGAACUACUUCAGUAUAGGUAAGAUUAUCGUGCCUUCCAAAGAACCCUUUAUAUGAAUAUCUUUCUAUACUAUUCUCAGUCAGCAUGAGAGUUACGUAGCUGAUCUGCUUAAACUUAUUCUACAUUUUCUAAACCUACGGUUAUUUCUCUCAUCACAUUUACCAAUUUUCUUUUGCAACCACCUCAUUUAAAAGUUUAAGCAGAUAGAUUCCAAUUUUUUUCAUGUAAAUUUAGCCUUUAACAUGUCCCUUAACAUAUAGCUUGUAUUCAAUUUUUAUCGAAGGCCAAACAUGCAAAUAAUUUAUUUUUUUAUUUUCUUACAUGAGUGAUGGCAAGACUUGAUCCUAAGACCUUAGCCUGCUCUAAUAUUAUAUUAGAUCACCUCAUCUGUAAGUUUAAGUUGUUAGGGAAAGCACACAUUUAUUUAUUUAAAUUUUAUCCGCAACAUU